CUUCCUUUGGAACUGCUCGAGUCGCUUUAUAUGAUUAAUAAUGAUAAUGUUGCCACCCCGCCACCACCAAUUGAUCCUAUCAUUUUUGGUAAUUUGAUAUCAAUUCGUCGAUUAGUCGAUGAGGCAGCUGAUUUGUCAGUUCGGGCCGCUUCAGGUGUAUCAACUACCGGAGGAGGACCGACAAGAAGCUCAAUGUCUCACACACGGCAGCAUAGAAUGCGUGAACUUGCAGUUAAUAAAUUAGCACUUGCGUAUCGAAUUGAUGAAAUUGCUACCGCGGUGGUAACAAUGCAGUCAGCUAGUGCAAUUGACGAAGUUGCUAGUAGAGUUUUGAAGAAAAAUUCAACGAAUUUAGAGGCGUUAUAUAUCAUUGCCACUUCUCCGAUGACUCCCGAAUUUUAUCGUACGCGUGGUGUUGUGAAGUGUUUUAAAGAAGAAUUUACUGGCGCUCUUCGAGAUUUCAAAACGGCUUUAGCACAUACAAAACACAGAAAACGAGUAAAUAACGUUUUGUUAGGGAAAAAAACAACACUUCCACUCCAUAACCACCAUGGCAAUGAGGAUGACGAAUGUACAGGGACCGAGAGCCAAUUAUACUUUCUGCGCGCCGCGUGUUAUUUACAAUAUGCUAUUAGCUUAGUAGAUAAAGCACUCCAAAAAGUUGACGGGGUAGAACGUAAAGAUGGUGAAGGAAGUGAAUUGAGAUUAGUAGCAGUUAAAAAAGGUAACAAUGGAACCAAUAAUCAAGGCUCUACUCCAAAACUCGAAGAAUAUAGAAAAGAACUACUGCCAAUAAUGCAUCAAGUACAAA